AUCUGCCCUUCACAGCGAGGCGUGGUCAGUCAGAGCUAACAGGUGGGCCGGUGAGAAGAGCUGCAGUCACACUUCAUCCACAGGAUACCUCUCUACACACACCAACAACACACACAGCUGCAGCAAAGAUGCCGAAGUGCCCGAAUUGCCAGAAGGAAGUUUACUUCGCUGAGAAGGUGACGUCGCUGGGAAAGGACUGGCACAGGCCCUGUCUGAAGUGUGAGAAGUGCAAAAAGACGCUGUCAGCAGGGGGACAUGCAGAGCAUGAAGGCAAGCCGUACUGUCACAAGCCCUGCUACGCUGCAAUGUUUGGACCAGGAGGAUUUGGACGUGGUGGAACUGAGAGCCACAAAUAUAAUUAGACAACUAGUAACUUGAAAGGCUCAGGCCCAGCAGUAAAAAAAAAUUUAAAAAAUAAAAUGUUGUCUGGAAACAAGAUCGAAGAAGCCCAGCAGGCUCACCAGUCCCAAUAAAAACCAGCAAACAAACUGCGUUCGGAUUCAGCGGAUACAUUUUGUGUGCGUGUGUUUUUAUCCUCUGUUUUUGAUCUCUGUCGUCUGAAGGUGAUUCAUUCCUGUGGUUGAGGGUGGACAUUUCUGAUUAAACACUUGUUAAAUUUG